AUGGUCGUCACGCUCACUGGAAUCGCUUGCUCAACGAGCGAUCGUUGGGUUCGUCAGGAGGUGUAUUCUCUUAAGGACGAUGAGCGUUUCCUUGACACAGACGAUCCGUCCGUGGAGAAGUCGCCCGAAGCGAUAUUGUGGCAGUACGUGCUAUGCACCUUGCAAGCGUUGUCGGACCGGUGCAUAGGGCGGGAAGUGCGCAGAGCGGAGGUGCAAGGGCGGGCGGCAGCGUCGCUGCGUGCGGCAGUGAGCGCCGCCAUGUCGGGCGGGACGCGCGCCUUCCUGCUCGCAGCCGCGCUGCUCACACUACUCUACUCAGGAUGGUGUUCAGAAGACGAGGAGCGGCUGGUCCGCGACUUAUUUCGUGGUUACAACAAACUUAUCCGCCCAGUACAAAACAUGACACAGAAAGUCGACGUACGCUUCGGUUUGGCCUUUGUACAGCUCAUCAAUGUUAACGAAAAGAACCAAAUUAUGAAAUCAAAUGUUUGGCUCCGUUUAGUAUGGAUGGACUAUCAGCUGAUGUGGGAUGAGGCGGAUUACGGCGGCAUAGGUGUGUUGCGCCUGCCACCCGACAAGGUUUGGAAGCCCGACAUUGUACUUUUUAACAACGCUGACGGAAAUUACGAAGUGCGAUACAAAUCUAACGUACUGAUUUACCCGAAUGGCGAAGUGCUUUGGGUACCACCAGCUAUUUAUCAGAGUUCCUGCACAAUCGAUGUGACAUAUUUCCCCUUCGAUCAACAAACUUGUAUUAUGAAAUUUGGAUCAUGGACUUUCAACGGAGACCAAGUGUCCCUUGCACUAUACAACAACAAAAACUUUGUUGAUCUAUCUGACUACUGGAAAUCAGGAACUUGGGACAUAAUUGAAGUACCGGCCUACUUAAACAUUUACGAAGGAAAUCAUCCAACGGAAACGGAUAUCACAUUCUACAUAAUAAUUAGGAGGAAAACUUUGUUCUAUACGGUCAAUUUAAUCCUGCCUACAGUUCUGAUUUCAUUUCUUUGCGUUUUAGUCUUCUAUUUACCUGCUGAAGCUGGUGAAAAGGUGACAUUGGGUAUUAGUAUUUUGCUGUCACUGGUUGUGUUCUUAUUGCUAGUAUCAAAAAUUCUUCCGCCGACAUCUCUCGUGCUUCCUCUUAUCGCCAAAUACUUGCUUUUUACAUUUAUUAUGAACACUGUCAGUAUCCUCGUCACGGUCAUUAUCAUCAACUGGAACUUCAGAGGGCCCAGAACGCACAGGAUGCCGCUGUGGAUCAGAAGUGUUUUCCUACAUUAUCUUCCGGCAGCACUGCUCAUGCGUCGUCCACGUAAAACUAGACUGCGGUGGAUGAUGGAAAUGCCCGGAAUGGGCGCUCCACCGCACGCAGCCACCACACAUGAUCUUCCAAAGCACAUUAGCAAAAUGGAGGCGAUGGAGAUGUCGGACCUGCACCAUCCGAAUUGCAAGAUAAAUCGUGCUGCCGGCGGCGGUGAGGUCGGCGCCCUUGGAGGUCUCGGUGCUCUCGGGGGCUUAGGACUCGGAGGAGAGAGGAGAGAAUCAGAGAGCUCAGAUUCCCUCCUCUUGUCACCAGAAGCAGCAAAAGCGACUGAAGCGGUAGAAUUCAUUGCUGAACAUCUACGUAACGAAGAUCUUUAUAUUCAGACUCGUGAAGAUUGGAAAUACGUAGCAAUGGUGAUCGACAGGCUACAACUCUACAUAUUCUUCAUAGUCACCACCGCGGGCACAGUUGGCAUUCUUAUGGACGCCCCGCAUAUCUUCGAGUACGUCGAUCAAGACCGUAUCAUAGAGAUAUAUCGAGGGAAAUAA